CGUCAUGCUUUUCUUCGCUUCCAAUUUCAGCUUCGCCUUUUCUGUAUCUCCGCCAUUUCACUAGCCAAAGGAGUCUAGACUGAACACUUUUUGACAACGCAACAACAACACCACGAUUGAGUAGCGACUCUCGUUGUUUUUACGACCCUAAACCCUGUUUGUCUGUAUCUAGAUCUAGUCUGAGUGGUUUAGAGCAGUUUAAUCGGAUAAACGAGGAGGACAGCGGAUAUCUGAAGGCAAAAUGUCGACCGAGGUUAAAUCAGAGAAGCCAGAGAAACAAGAACAAGGAAAUGCAGUAAAUGGCAAAUCCAGCAAUGAGUCGAGGAAGGAGAGGCCCCAGAAGCGCGGUGGCGGGGGACGGUUUGAACCUUACGGAAACCCCAACAAGAGAUACCGUGUGUUUGUCAGCAACAUUCCUUAUGAUGUUAAAUGGCAAACUCUGAAAGAUCUCAUGAAGGAAAAAGUGGGUGAGGUAACGUACGUGGAACACUUAAUGGACGGAGAAGGCAAAUCAAGGGGUUGUGCGGUGGUUGAGUUCAGAACUGAAGAGCUCAUGAAAAAGGCUGCAGAGAAAGUCAACAGACAUGUCAUGAACGGUCGUCGUCUCAAGGUCAAAGAGGAUCCAGAUGGAGUGAUUGCCCAGCUUGAAGCUAAUCGUGGUCACGGUGGUGGUGGACCCCCUGGCAUGGGUGGAGGCAUGGGUGGAGGCAUGGGUGGAGGCAUGGGAGGAGGCAUGGGAGGAGGCAUGGGAGGAGGCAUGGGAGGAGGCAUGGGAGGAGGCAUGGGAGGAGGCAUGGGGAUGGGCCCAGGGCCUGGCGGUCCUGGCGGUCCUUCAAUGGUCAAUAUCCCUCCAAGUCUUAUGAACAACCCCAACAUUCCCAAUGAGAUCAUCCACGGACUCCAGGCUGGAAAAAUCGGAAGCACCAUUUUUGUGGCCAAUCUGGACUACAAGGUUGGAUGGAAGAAGCUCAAGGAGGUGUUUGGAAUGGCUGGAGUGGUUGUGCGUGCAGAUAUCCUGGAGGAUAAAGAUGGGAAAAGCAGGGGAAUGGGAACGGUCACAUUUGACAUGCCCAUUGAAGCGGUUCAAGCAGUCUCCAUGUUCAACGGACAGCUUCUCUUCAAUAGGGUCAUGCACGUCAAACUGGAUGAGAAAUCUCUUCCCAAAGGUGACUUUGCACCCCCUGACCAUCCUCCAGCACUUCCUCGUGGUCUGAGUGGUAUUGGUCUCGGCCUGGGACCCGGCGGUCAACCCAUUGACGCUACCCAGCUCAACCGGGGUGGGAUGGGCAACAUGGGACCAGGAGGAAUGGAUGGAUUGGGAUUUGGUGGCAUGGGUAGAAUGGGAGGAAUGGAUAAUUUCGGUGGUGGUAUGAACAACAUGGAUCGUUUUGGACCCUCUGGAAUGGGUCGAAUGAAUGAUAUGGAUCGUGGAAUCGGCGGUGGUUUUGAUCGAGAUUUUGGUGCCCGUAAUGAUAUGGGUAUGUCACGCAGCAACUUCGGAGAUGCUUUUGACCGAGGAAUGGGUAACUCCAUGGGAAUGGAUCGCAUGAAUUCUGGCAUGGACAGGCUUGGAGGUGGCAUUGACCGCAUGGGAGGACCGGACCGGAUGGGGAUGGAUCGCAUGGACCGUAUGCCUGAUCUGGACCGGUUGGGAUCCGGUUUUGACCGCAUGGGUUCAGGAAUUGACCGACUGGGGCCCAGUAUGGAUCGACUGGGAUCAGGCCUCGACCGUAUGAGCUCCAGCGUGGACCGCAUGGGCCCUGGUGGGUUUGACCGCUUGGGGACAUCCGGCAUGGAUCGCAUGACUGGCGGGAUGGACUUUGCCUCCCCUAUAGGCAUGGACAGGAUGAACCCUGGCCUUGACCGAAUUGGUUCAAACUUUGACCGCAUGGGCGCAGGUGGCAUGGACCGCUUCCCCUCCUCAGGUCUUGACCGCAUGGGUUCCAGCAUGGACCGUAUGGGCUCUGGUGGCGUCGGUGGGCAGUUUGAUAGACCGGCUGAUAUGGAUCGUGCCAAUUUCGGGACUCCUUUCAGUGGGUCUGGACAAGGAGGGCCAGGGGCUGGUGGAGCCAAUGUCAGGAAGGGAUGCCAGAUUUUUGUCAGAAAUCUGCCCUUUGACUUCACCUGGAAGAUGUUGAAGGACACUUUCAAUUCAUGUGGCAUCGUGCAGUAUGCAGAUAUAAAGAUGGAGAACGGCAAGUCCAAGGGCUGCGGUGUGGUGCGCUUUGACAAUCCUGAGACUGCCGAGCGAGCCUGUCGUACCAUGAACGGCUACCGGCUCAGCGGACGAGAGAUUGAUGUCAGGAUUGACAGAAAUGCAUAAUUGUCUUUUUUGUCUUCCGAUUCCUUCCACUCCCCUCCAUGGUUUCCAAAUUACUUGUCCAUUACACAUUUGUACUUGUGCCGAAAUGGUACGCUUUUAGUUAUGCUUAUGACUUUUAGAGACCAAUUUUUUUUUCUCUCUUUUUAUUGUGAUGCUUUCCAAGUAAUUGCCUUUGUUAAAGGUUUGCUAAUAAAUCUCAUCAUUGAGAAUCAA